UAAGUUAAAAUUACGUUCCAGGGCUUAUUGGCUGCUCAUCGGGGAGGAUAUAUGGAUUCUCAAAAGGAAGAAGGACCUGCUCCAUUAUUGUGGAGAUUUUCAGACUUCUUGAAGUGGGCAGAGCUUUGCCCUUCUGAACAAGAAAUUGGACAUUCAUUAAUGCGUUUGGUUAUUACUGGACAAGAAAUACCGCAUGCCUGUGAGGUUGAGCUACUAAUUUUGUCUCACCACUUCUACAAAUUAUCAUCUUGCCUGGAUGGAGUUGAUGUUCUUGUAGCCCUUGCCGCUACUAGGGUUGAGGCUUAUGUGUCUGAGGGUGACUUUUCAUGUUUGGCCCGUCUCAUAACUGGAGUAGGAAACUUCCACGCCCUCAAUUUCAUUCUUGGAAUUCUUAUUGAAAAUGGUCAGCUUGAUCUUCUUCUUCAGAAGUAUUCAGCUGCUGCAGAUGCAAAUGCUGGCACUGCUGAGGCUGUCAGAGGAUUUCGAAUGGCGGUUCUCACAUCACUGAAGCAUUUUAAUCCAAAUGACCUUGAUGCGUUUGCUAUGGUCUACAAUCAUUUCGACAUGAAACAUGAAACGGCUGCUCUUUUGGAGUCACGAGCAGAGCAGUCAUCGGAGCAGUGGUUCAGCCAUUAUGACAAGGAUCAGAAUGAAGACCUUUUAGACUCCAUGCGCUAUUACAUUGAAGCUGCUGAAGUUCACAAAUCCAUUGAUGCUGGCAACAAAACACGCAGAGCAUGCGCUCAGGCUUCCCUUGUGUCUCUUCAAAUUCGAAUGCCUGAUUUUCAGUGGCUGUACCGAUCUGAAACCAAUGCCAGGCGGGCCCUUGUUGAGCAGUCCCGUUUCCAAGAGGCCCUCAUUGUUGCUGCAGCCUAUGGUCUUAACCAGCCGAGUGAGUGGGCUUUGGUACUUUGGAACCAGAUGCUCAAACCGGAAGUACUGGAAGAGUUUGUGGCUGAAUUUGUGGCUGUGCUUCCUCUCCAACCCUCUAUGCUUGUUGAUCUAGCAAGAUUUUAUAGGGCAGAGGUGGCGGCUAGAGGAGACCAGUCUCAAUUCUCAGUUUGGCUAACUGGGGGAGGGUUGCCAGCUGAAUGGGCUAAGUAUCUGGGGAGGUCAUUUAGAUGCUUGUUGAAAAGGACUAGAGAUUUGAAGCUGCGGUUGCAGCUGGCUACCGUGGCUACUGGCUUCGGGGAUGUCAUGGAUGCAUGCAUGAAGUCAUUAGAUAGGGUCCCUGACAAUGUUGGACCACUUGUACUGAGGAAAGGCCAUGGUGGUGCUUAUCUCCCACUGAUGUGAUACUAAUAUUAAUUCCAAGAUUAUAACUAGUGCUGAUGUUCACGAUGAUGGUGGCGAUGAUGCACAAGCCAAGAUGGCUUGAUGUUACAAUGAUGCGAACCUACAACUGGAUUUGUCCGAAGGAGGAAACGGGAUAGGGAUGGAGGAAGAAAAGAAGAAAGAUAUGAAUGGAAAUAGAAGCGGUAGCAGCAGGUUGUAAAUUCGGGACAGUUUGUAAAUUAGUUAACAGGUUUGAGUUGAGGGAUUGUUUUAUUCAUUUUCAGCUUAGUCCAACAAGCAAGAAGCAGCAACGAGUUUUGAUUGAAGAGAAGCAUUUAGAUUAGAUCAUUAGUUUAUUCUAGCGUAGUUGUGCAGUUUGAUUUUGCUUCAUCCUUUAUUAUCACCUAUUCUUUUAUUCACAGCGGGCAGUUGAA